AGCAGAGCCGUAGCGCUACUACCGCUGCAGCUCAUGUAGUGUCUGGUAUCUGGAGCGGGGGCAGAUCGUUGGGGGGUUGGGGGUCCGCACGUACCGCAGUCCUGACCCCUCCCCCCCUCAAGUUCAAUCUUAGCAUGCUACGCUAGGCUUGCUAUCCUAUACCGGACACCCAUCUCAGAAAAAUUCUGGAUCCGUCCUGGCUUGUAACCCAUGGAUCCGUGUCAUAAUCGGUGUGAUCACGCAUCACGCCUGAUCACGGUGCAGCCGAAGCGUCAUCGCCAUCCAACAUGGCGUGAUCGUCUGUUUCAGGGUGCUGAUGGGCAAGUGUAAAUCGGUUAUUGAAGCCGCUGGAUGACGGCUGAAGAUCUGCAAAUUUACAUUUUAGUCUUACUAGAGAAUGCUGCGUACCAGAAAGUCUUAAAUCCACCUACAAUAAGAAGAACGAAGUCGAUAUGUUGCAAAUAAUGGACGCCGUUCUGAAUGGGCUGCAAGGUGAUCAGGAGACCCAAUUUAUGUGCGUUUGUGAUUUUUCUCGAAACGACGUUAUAAGGUAAGCGAUUUAAGCGAGCCUGCAAUUCAAGAUGGAAGGUGCUGAACUUGGUGAAAUACUUACCAUCGAGUGGGAUAUGAUGAACAAGUCCCGAUUUCUCACGUUCAGUAUGAUAAACGCAUUCUCUUUGCGUUGCCUCGUCUACCCGCUAACGGUAAUCAAAACCCGCCUUCAAGUUCAGAAACCUGGACGACUUUACAGCGGAACUUUUGAUGCAUACAUCAAGAUCCUCCGGUACGAGGGAGUAGGAGGACUUUAUAAGGGCUUUUGGAUCAAUACCAUUCAAAUAUUUUCCGGGAUCGGCUACAUUUUUACCUACGAAAAGGUUCGAGACAUGCUGACAAAGCACGCUGACAUUCACGAUCGUCGCAUUAAAGGGCUUGUUGGAGGUGGUUGCAGCUCAUUAGUGAGUCAAACAAUUAUAACCCCAUUCGACGUUGUGUCGCAGCACAUGAUGGUCCUAGGACGCACGGACAAAAUGGGGAAAAUGGUCAUGAAUCCGCUGAACAUACAGGUGGACCUCACCAAAAAGCGUCUGGUGAUUGCAGCAAUAGUUAAAGAGCUUUACAAAAGGGAUGGAUUACAGGGAUUCUACCGUGGUUACUUCGCUUCCCUUCUUGCCUAUGUACCAGGAAGUGCCCUAUGGUGGAUGUUUUACUCUGUUUACUCAGACGGACUUCUGCGGGUUAUGCCAAGCUCUACACCUCACAUGAUGCUCAACUGCAUGGCUGGACCUAUGAGUGGGGUCACAGUUUGUCUAAUCACAAACCCAAUGGAUGUAGUGCGAGCAAGAAUCCAGGUACAGCGAAUGAACUCGGUGCUACAGACUUUUUGGCAGCUAUGGCAAGAAGAAGGGCUCAAGAUGUACAAGAUUGGUCUAUCAGCAAGGGUCAUGCAAAGCAUCAUCUCCUCUUUCUUGCUUGUGCUAGGCUACGAGACACUAAAACGGUGGAGUGUUCACGAACAUUAUAAGGACAAGAUUAGGUGGUGACAAAGUUGAGAAUAGUUUGGAUGCUUGUUAGGUCAGUCUGGCUUCUUCUAAAGGAAGACAGUGCAUGUUUCAGAAUAGGCCAUAAAAUAGACAUUUGUAGGUUCAGACCAGCAGUGUUAGUAGAGUUUUUUUAUACUGAAAACACAGAUGUCCUGCGUGUCGUUAAAGUUUAUUUUAUGAAUACAUGCUGCAUAACAUGCCAUUUGAGUUGCUUCUAUGUAGAACCAAAUGGAAUAGAACUAGAAGUGGCAUUGUAAUAAAUAUUAAGAGCAAAAUUUUGUAUGUGUUUAAGAGUGAAGUUUCGAGUACGCAUAUGACUGCAUGGGGUGAUAUGGUGAGGAAGUGCUGUGACUGAUUGAUCUUAGUACAUAAGUUGAGCUGGUGCUGAAAUAUAAUGAACUCUUCAAUUCAUUGACAUUAGUACUGGCUAGAAUGGAACUUAAACAAUAAACCUGUUUCAACAGGUUUACUCUAUAUAUUGCAUAUCAACUGUCAUAUGCCCAUCCAUGUGUAUCUUACUUUCAGCUACAUUUAUUCGACUACAGUCGAAUGUUUAAAUGAGCCACAAAGAAAAACAGGUUUCCCCAUGCUGUCACUAACCACUGCAGUCACAUACUUUUAUCUAGAUUUAUCCAGAUAGAGGUGGUGCUACAGGUGAGGCUAAUGUAGAUGGGUAGAAAUCCAGCGAACCGGUAGAAUGUAGGAAGGGAGUUGCCUCAGGACAGAAGCCGCCGAUAUUUCGAACAGAGACUGUUCUCUGUUCUCUGUUCGAAAUAUCGGCGGCUUCUGUCCUGAGGCAACUCCCUUCCUAGGUGAGGCUAAUGGUUUUCAAGAUUUUCCAGGUUUAGGAUAUGUGCCACAUAACUUUCUCCAUAUCUGGCUUCAUUGAUUGCGAUACAUAGUUUCACAGCCAUUAGUGAGUGGGGCAUUUGUGGCAACGCUGAUUUGUGAGGACUCAGUGGCUCAUCACCCCCUACCCUGCUCACACAGACUCCAAUACUGUGCAAUCCUUUCCAAAUCGGCCACUGUGUCUCAAUAAAAUGAUAUCAACACUCUUUUUGACAAUUUCAAGCCAGGGAUAUUCCCAGGCUUUUAAUCUGGGGGGGAGAGACGUCCAGAUCUGCUGUUUUUGUGGCAUUUGUGGCCUUUUCUUUUUUUUUUUCGUGGAGGGGGGGGGGGUGCAAGAUUUUUGAGGGUGCUGGAAAAACCCGUUUGGUGCAUCCGCCAUGACUUUCUUCCUAAAUACACGUAAUCUGACUUUCACCAACUUCAGAUGGAAAUUUACUGAUAUGUCACUAUUUCGAGCAGUGUACUGUCUAGUAUUUAUUACCAGCAGUUUUCGUAUUUACAAAGUUUUGCCAUUACUUCUUUACUCUUACCAGUACCGUCAGUAACAACACUCUUUUCACAUCUUUGAUAUGUGGAGCACCAUAAUAGUUAAUUGCAGCGAUUUCGUGAGGAAGUAACAAUGAAGGAAAGGCAGCAGACUCCUACUGACCAUUUCAACAACCAUUUUUCUUUCAUUGUUGCUUAGGUGUUGAAGCCUUGAAGUGUUGUGUCUGUCCCUAUGUACUGUGCUAGCCACGGCUUACUUUCGAUUUGUGUCGUGGAAUGUUGCUUGUCAGAUGUAGCAAACAAAAUGCAAAGGAACUGAGGGCACCCAUCAUGCAAUUGUGACAUUGGUCCUCUCUGCUUGUCACUGAACUUUUUUGGAUAGAUUACAAGUAAAAGCAUGCAAGUACAUUACAAAGUAUAAAGCAGCAGUAACAAAGAGUAAGUGACAGAAAUAUUACACCUACAGAAGAAGAGUGAGCUACAGUGAUCUGUCCACCAUUAUGUACAUGAAUAAAUCUCACGGGAUUUGCAUAAUUCACUCCCU